ACGCUUGUCGCGUGCGCAGUGGGGAAAACGGAUCCAAGUCGAACUGAAGUCGAUAUAUUCUGGAAAGGUAUGGGGCUGAAAUUAGCCAUAAUUGUGUCGUUAAUAGCGUUGGCCAGGUGUCAGCUUCUGCCGGAGAACGCAUGCUCCGACUACUUCCAGUACGUGAAUGAUGGCUUCGAAGGCCUCCAGGGGGAGGUGACCCUCCCGAGCGUGAUGCGGGGCCGCAACCGCAUCGACGUCCGCCUCACCCAGCGGGGGGAUCAAGAUCCCUCUUCCGUUGGCGCUCUGCGGCCCUAUCCAAAUGAGGAGGCUGCCCGCUCGACUGGUGGACCCGCGAAAUUUCGGAUUAAUCUCCGGCCGGACCCCUCCACCCGUCUACUGCCCAAGCUGUCUCGCCUCUCCUACAACGAUCUUCUGCUUUGUUCGGCCAGCGAAUAUGGGCCCCCCAACAGCUUCUUCAAUCGCUUCUACGAGAUUCACGUCAGUGGACAGUCGCACCGGCCGUUGCGGCCGCUUGAUCCCUCGUCUGUGUUUGGUCUGUUCCCCAGGGAACAGUCUGGUUUGGAGGUGAAUACCCUAUUCUAUGGCACGCCCACCCAAACUUCGUUUCCCUCCUGGACAUCGGUAUCGUCCGGAGGCGCUGUGUCUCCCGACUGGCCACAAACAUGGCAGACUCAAGCUCCUGCACCUGCACCUGCACGUGCUCCACCACAACGUCCACGUGCCACUCCAGCACCUCCUGCAACGACUGUUUUCUGGCAGCCGCCAGUACCACCACAAGUAACCACCACCGUCAGAGCUCCAUCGCCGACCCCCGCCCCCAAUCGAUUCAAUCCCCAGCCCGCCUCGACGCCGGUUGAGUGUGGUCGCGAGGGCAGGCUCUCGCCCUUCAUACACCGCGGAAAGGAGUUCCCGCGGGGGCAGUAUCCUUGGCUAUCGGCGAUUUACCACAAGGAGUCCCUGUCCCUGGCCUUUAAGUGCGGCGGCUCCCUGAUCUCGGCCAGCAUGGUGAUCACGGCCGCCCACUGCGUCUACAAGAUGCAGGAGGAUCGCGUGCUGAUUGGAGUGGGCCGCUACGAUCUGGACGACUACAACGAGGACGGGGCCGAGAUGCAUGAUGUGAGGCGAUUGCUGUGGCAUCCAGAGUUCUCCACACGAGUGGUCUCCGAUGCAGACAUUGCUCUGGUCGCCAUGCAGCGGCCCGUAACAUUUAAUGACAUCAUUGGCCCGAUCUGCUUGUGGACGGAGAAGGAGAGUGAAACGGUCACCAAAUCCGGCUUCAUAGCGGGCUGGGGCACGGACGAGUUUGGCAACUCCAAGACCCAAUAUCCGCGGGUUGUCGAGGCCGAGAUAGCCAGUGCCACGGACUGCAUCAGCACCUGGAAGGCGUCGGCCGUCACCGAGCGCACGCUCUGCGCCGGCAACCGGGAUGGUUCCGGGCCAUGCCUUGGUGACUCGGGCGGAGGCCUGAUGAUCCGGCGGGACACCCACUGGGUGCUGCGCGGCAUAGUCUCGCUGGGCGAACGUGGAACCUCCGGACGGUGCCAGCUCAGCCAAUAUGUGCUCUACUGCGACCUGUCCAAGCAUCUCACUUGGAUCAACGAGAACCUAAGUUAAACCUGCAAAGAAGCGCGAGAUUUGUAUACCAUAGAUUAAUAAACCAUAAGACACAACACAAUCCAA